AUGACCUCAGAGGCAGAGGUCAAGCCUCCAACGCUCUCUCUCCAAGCCAAAUGGCAACCUCCUAAAGAGCCGUUAAAACCCACAGGAGCUUUGGAUCGGUUCUUCAAGCAAUCGCGUGAGCAAUUGACGCCUGCAAUUGGUGACCAGUAUGCGUCCGAUGAGGUCCAGUUAUCGAAUAUACUUAAAGCUCCAAAUGCUGACGAAAUCUUGAGAGACCUUGCAAUCGUGAUUUCACGUAGAAACGUGGUCUUUUUCAAAAAUCAGAACCUAACUCCUGCAGAGCAAAACUAUUUGGUGAACAGACUAGGUCAGCUUUCUGGAAAGCCUGCCACUUCUGGACUGCACAUUGAUCCAAAUACGCCUGAACACUCUCAAUACGGUGAUAAUAUCUACGAGGUGACCAGGAGAAGAAAUGACUAUAGUCAGGGUACAACUGCUCCUUUGAAAAUCUCUCGCUCGUCUCAAUCUUGGCAUACCGACAUAUCGUAUGAGCAGAUCCCCUCAGAUUACGCUGCCAUGAAGGUGGUGCUACUCCCCGAAAACGGAGUUGGCGGAGACACAGUUUUUGCUUCUGGCUAUUAUGCAUAUGAGAAGUUAUCCCCCAGAUUUAGAAAGCUUGUUGAUGGGCUUCAAGCUCCUCAUGAUGGCUACAGAAUGAAGCAAAACGCAACCAACAGAUUCCGUACAGAGAGAGGUGCACCAGAGAACAACAACAAUAUGGAUAUUGUUGCUGUUCACCCAAUUAUAAGGACAAACCCUGUGACCGGAUGGAAGUCAAUUUACCUGAACAAACAGACUCCAUACAUAGAAGGCGUGACUCAAGAGGAGUCCGAUGCCAUUCUCGAGAUCAUCAACAGAGCGUAUAUUGACAACCACGAUAUACAAGUCAGGUACAAAUGGGGAGAGAAUGAUAUCGCUCUGUGGGACAACAGAUGCUCUGUGCACACCGCAACUGUUGACUACACCUCAGAUAGGUUUGCUCUCAGGACUCUAUCCUUGGGAGAGAGGCCAUACUUUGACCCCAAUUCUAAGUCGAUAUCUGAGGAAUAA